CCCGUUCCUCACUCCUCCCUUCACAGUUCACACCUCACCUCCCGAUAAGAAGAAGAGAGAAGCUUCUGCCUCCUCUCCUCCUUCACUUCAGCUCCUCUCCUCCAAAAAUAUCUGCGAGCUCCGAUUCGAGUAACCCCCCCGCCGCAGAGGUCGCGGGCUGAUCGCGGGGAGUCGAGGAGAGGAGAGGCGCGCGGAGCUGCCACCGCCGCAGGAGGAGAGGGGAGCGGAGGAGAAGAGAAGCCGUAUCUAUCUACCCGCGCCGAAUCGAUGGACUCGGAGCACUGGAUCUCGCGCCUGGCCGCCGCGAAGCGGUUCUACGCGGCGCAGCUCGGCCACGGCGAUCGGGCGGGGAUGGAGGAGCUGGACAUGGACGGGGAGAUGAGGCCGGAGUUCGCGUGCCCCUACUGCUACGAGGAUCACGACGUCGCCUCCCUCUGCGCGCACCUCGAGGAGGAGCACCCGUUCGAACCCCAUGCAGCGCCUUGCCCUAUUUGCUCCGAUAUGGUUACAAAGGAUAUGGUUAACCAUAUUACUAUGCAACAUGGAUACUUAUUCAAGAAUCAUCGCCGGUUGCGCAGAUUCGUUAUCCCAGGCAGCCAAGCCCUUUCUUUGCUGAGCCGAGAUCUUCGAGAAGCCCACUUGCAGGUGCUUCUCGGAGGCGGGCGUAGGUCAAGCAACAAUAACAGCACCACAAACAUUUCAGCUGAUCCUCUUCUGUCAUCAUUUGGCCUUAGCUUCCCAACAUCAAAUGCAGAGGAAACUUCAAAAUCCACUAUUUCCAUUCCAGAUGCUGCUGCCAUGGUUAAAGAGACACCUGCUCAGGCGCGGAAGUUAAGGAUUGACUCAUCCCUCACAAGUGAAGAAAGGGAACAAAAGCGGAAGCAAGCCAGCGUCAGAGCAAUGUUUGUGCAAGACCUGCUGCUCUCUACUCUAUUUGAGGAUUAAUGACCCAAGAUGAGCCGAAGUUAUCACUAGAAGGGUUUUUCCUGGUGCAAAUCUGCAAAGGCUAGCGUGCUCCACCCCCCCCCCCACCCCCAAGUCGUUGAAUGUGAUAUCCUUGUUAGGACAGGCACGCUUCUGGGGUUCUAUCCUUCUAGCUAGGUGCAUAGUGAAUGUGGGCAUGAGGUGUCUUUAAAGUUAUCGUAGGUGGUCUUAUCUUCAGUUCCAUCACAACUCGCAAUCACCUUAUGUUACAAUGUAAGUUGCGGUUGAGUUCGUGCCGCUUCUAUGUCAGGUUUGUUGUACCAACAUAAUAAUCAUGUUAUGCAACAGCGGAUGGCUAUGCAGUUUAUAUACUGUGUGGAUGGCGAUAAA